UUAUCUAUUUUUCCCAGCUUCCUGAUGGUCGGCUGACCAAGGAGACGCUUCUCGGAGAGGGCGGCACUGGAGACGUGUUCAUGGUAAGGGACCAACCAAAUUCCUAGAGAGCAGGGGGAGCUGAAAGCAAGUUGAAAGUGCUAUCACUAUCCCUGCUAUGCACAUGAUUACAUUCCUUAAUAACCCAAUAUUUCUGUCAGUUUGUUCCCAAUAUGAGUCUUGAUAUUUCCAGCUAAUACUGAAUGUCAGUUACACCUUUCUGUGUGUGUUACAGGGCCAUCACCAUCGCAGAGGUAAGGUAGCCGUCAAGAUGGCCAACAUCACUCGGGAUGAGGAGUCAGUCUGCCGAGAGGUAAGCUUUCUCCUGAAGUUCAGCAGGCACAGGAACAUCGCCUCUUACUAUGGAGCUUAUUACCACCCUGCUCCAAACGAGGAGUCAUCGGAGUAUCUGGAGCUUGUCCUUGAGUACUGCAGCGGCGGCUCCCUGUACGACCUGAUCGACAGCACCGAAGGCCAAUCCCUGAAGGAGACCUGGAUUGGCUAUGUCUGCAGGGAGGUAUUGAAGGUAAACUUAACUCCUUAA